AUGGUACACAACACAGCAGUUCAAGUGACAUCCCCUCCGCCUAUCACGCAUAUCCUCGAAACAUGCCUCAUGGUCAAGGACCUGGAUGCCUCGGUGGAGUUUUACAAGGAUGUAUUCAAUGUGGAGCCAUUUUUGAAAUCUCCCCGUCUAGCCGGCUUCUCCUUCUCACAAACAACACUCCUUCUCUUUCAACUCGGGCUUACAGCUUCCGAUACACCCAUGCCCGACAACCGCGGCACGAUCCCUGGCCACGGACCGACCAGUGAUAUCCUCGACAUCCUCGUCCCGGACAAGAAUCCCGAUGUAUCUUCGUCUUCGGGCACGACACAGACAAAGACAGUGUCAAAUUCAGGUCUAAACCAGCAUUUCUGCUUCGCGGUGCCAAGUCCCAACGACGUAGGGUUGUGGGAGAAUUGGUUUGAGGAGAAAAACGUCAAGAUUCUAGGGAAAGUCGAUUGGGAAAGGGGAGGCAGGAGUGUAUAUUUUGCUGAUUUGGAUGGGAACGUAGGUGAGGUCGGGAGUCGGGGGAUUUGGGCGCAUUAUUGA